AUGGAUUAUGAUAUAGAAGCAGAUGUACCUAGAACCGAUAAAAAUUAUAUACUCUAUAUACCUAUUGUUUUAGAUCAAAUAGUAAAAAUGAACAAAAAGGAAGGGAAAAUAACAAGUUUUCAUGCUUCUAAAAUUCCAGAAAUAUCAAUAAAGAAUUAUGUAGAAAGAAUAGGAAAGUAUAUAGGAUGUAGUAAUGAAUGUUUUGUUUUAUUAAUGAUAUAUGUAGAUAGGAUAAUCAAACUACAUAAAGAUAUUACCCUAUCUUUACUGUGCAUUCAUAGAAUAAUUAUAACUGCUGCCAUGAUAGCUGCUAAGUUUUUUGAUGACUUAUAUUAUUCAAAUUCUUUUUAUGCAAAAGUAGGUGGUGUUACAACAAAAGAAUUAAAUAAAUUAGAAGCAUGUUUCUUAAAUCUACUAGAUUAUAAAUUAUAUGUUUCUUCAGAAGAAUAUGAUUUUUAUAGAAAAUAUAUUUCUUUAGCUGUUCAAAAAUUCUUAAACAAUAAAAAAAUAACACGUAUUCCAAUAGCUAAACCUUACAAUUUAUUUAAUUACACAUCUCCUGAUAAAUCUAACAUGUUCCUUGAAAGAGAACAAAAUGUACAUUCAGACAUGAGGAAAUUUUCAAGAAUAUCACAAAACAAAAAAAAAAAUUAUCAAUAUGAUAAUAAAUAA